CCUCCCCGACGCCGGGCCGGGCGGCCGGGGCGCGAUGGCGACGUGGCGGCGGGACGGCCGGCUGACGGGCGGCCAGCGGCUGCUGUGCGCGGGCGCGGCGGGGGCGCUCAGCCUCUGCCUCACCGCGCCGCUCGAGCUCGCCACCGUGCUGGCCCAGGUCGGCGCCGCGCGGGGCGGGGCCCGGGGGCCGUGGGCCGCGGGGCUCCGGGUGUGGCGCGCCGAGGGCCCGCGGGCCCUGUGGAAGGGGAACGCGGUGGCGUGCCUGCGCCUCUUCCCCUGCAGCGCCGUGCAGCUCGCCGCCUACCGCAAGUUUGUCAUACUAUUCACGGAUGACCUGGGCCAUAUUUCCCAGUGGAGCUCCAUCAUGGCUGGGAGUCUUGCAGGCAUGGUUUCCACCAUUGUGACAUACCCUACAGACCUCAUCAAAACCCGGUUGAUUGUGCAGAACCUGCUGGAACCAUCUUACAGAGGGAUCCUCCAUGCUUUUUCUACCAUUUAUCAACAGGAAGGGUUCUUAGCCCUGUAUCGAGGGGUUUCCCUUACUGUUCUAGGUGCUCUCCCCUUCUCCGCUGGCUCCCUUCUAGUUUACAUGAACCUGGAGAAACUCUGGAAUGGACGCCGAGAUCGGUUCUCUCCCCUCCAGAACUUCGCCAAUGUCUGCUUGGCCGCUGCCGUAACCCAGACGCUCUCCUUUCCUUUCGACACGGUGAAGAGAAAGAUGCAGGCUCAGAGCCCGCACCUUCCCCACCAUGGAGGAGUGGAUGUCCAUUUCUCAGGAGCAGCGGACUGCUUCCGGCAGAUAGUCAAAGCCCAAGGGGUCCUGGCGCUCUGGAAUGGACUGACAGCCAACUUGCUGAAGAUAGUUCCAUAUUUUGGAGUUAUGUUUGGCACCUUUGAGUUCUGCAAGAGAAUCUGUCUUUACCAAAAUGGUUACAUUGUGUCUCCUCUGAGCUGUAAAUUGACCCCAGGGGUGGAUCAGAGUUUGAAGCCCCAGGAAUUGCGGGAACUUAAAAAGUUCUUCAAAACUGGACAACUGAAGUCUAAAAAACCAACUCUGUGAAACUGAAACAAGAAGUGCACUGACCGAAGGCGUGUUAUAAUCAUUAAAAAAAAUGUCGCCUCAUAACUGUGUGUGCGCAGAGUGGCGAGAGGAUACUCCCAUCUGCUGCUCUUGGAAGUGAGAAGAUUUAGCCACAGAACCAGCUCCAAGCUCCAAACUGAUGUCCUGGUGAACGCCUGUGCCAUGGAAAAGCUUCCCAACAUGACUGCUGCAUGGUGGCCUUCACCAGAUUUUAUAACAAAACCUAGCAUUAACGAAACGUGCGAGUAUACUCCGUAAAUGUGCAACUUACACGACACCAAAGAAAGGGCAUCACCAUGACCUCAGAGUCUCAUGUCCUCGAAGCGGCUGAACAAAUAGCACAUCAGGAGCUCAGCCACAGGGUUGCAGCUUGCGCUAAACCCACACUGGCCUCGCGUUGCUCCAUUCGACCCGAGUCUUCCCAACAGGCUUGUUUCUAAAACUCCUAAUGUUUGCUGACUUCUGCGUGUGCACGCUAUAGCAUAAAUUAUACCUUACCUGAAACUAAAAGGGGCGCCUGGGUGGCUCCGUCGGUGAAGCGUCUGCCUCCGGCUCAGGUCAGGAUCCCAGGGUCCUGGGAUCGAGUCCCACAUCAGGCUCCCUGCUCCGUGGGGAGUCUGCUUCUCCCUGUCCCUCUGUGGGUGCUGUCUCUCUCUCUCAAAUAAAUAAAUAAAUCUUUUUAAAAAAGAAACUAAAUUAAAACCUUUAACAUUUAGAAGUCAUCACUCUCUCAUAGUAGAACCAUCCUUUUUUAUUUAAAUUUGAAGCAUCUAGCAUCUCAAGCUUAAGAAUUUCAGGAAUCUUUUUUCAGGAAGGCAGUUUUUACUGUGACCGCUUAAUGCCCCAGAAGACCUUCUUCCAAUUGAAAUCAUGUACAGUUGAAGUGGCCUGAAUUCUCUGCCUUUUUCACUUGCUUUGCAAGCCUACCCUGAAAAUAAAUUAUUUAGUCAACUUAAGUUAUUCUCACAAGAUGUCCCAGUUGUCUAGAAAAGGACCAAAUAGAACAUUUGACACACAUCAAAAAAAUAGAACUGAACAAAAACACUUCAGGCUAAUCAUCUCUACUCGAUUUUUUAAAAAUCAAAUUUUGGGUUAUUCCACCUCGGGAACUCCAUGUCAAGUUUAUAUAACCUUACUUUCAAAUAGUGCCUAUCUAUGCAUUAAAAGACAAUAAUAGUAAAUUGUUAAUUUAUACACACACACACACACACACACACACACACACACAGGCUUUCAGUAUGUUGCAAGUAUUUUUCCCUGUUAAAUGUAUUUUCCAAAGAAAAAUGUUGCUUGGUCAUUCCUUCCUAAGGUGAGUUAUAGCAGAGGAAUAGCAAUUAAUACAGGAAGAUCUCAUCUGUAGCCCAAUCUGUUACAGUUUGGAGGGUGGCAACUUCUUUACCCAUAGUGAAUAGUCCCUAUUUAUUACCUCUUCACAUUCCUUGAGGCGACGAAUUUUUUUAAAGUUCUAAAAUCUGCAAAAAAAAUUAUUUUUUUUACUAGCUCUAAAAUCCUAGCCUCAAGUUACUUACAUCGUGUUAAUAUCUUCUUUGUAUUCUUCCACCCAUAUUAUCAGACGGAUAGCCACACUCUUGCUACUGUCACACACAGGAAUGUCCUCUGAGCCGUAGUUUUGGCUUUUUCAAUAAAGUUAAGUGGGGAAAAGGAAUGCCUCAUUUUUCUAAUUUCAGGACAACUCUUAAAACUCUAGUUUUGGGGGGGCUCCUGGCUGGCUCAGUCGGAAGAGUGUGUGACUCUUGAUCUUGGGGUCAUGAGUUUGAGCUCCACGUUGGGUGUAGAGAUUACUAAAAUAAAUAAAUAAAUAAAUAAAUAAAAUUAACUUUAAAAAACCUCUAGCUUUGUUCCUAAAAUAAACUUCCAGCUUAUUUUCAUUUUCUCAGGGAGUGUUCUGCUUUCCUGCUUUACGGCUGGCAGUGUGCAUCAAACUGGACUAAGUACUUUAGGAGGAUUAUAAAGAAAUGUGAUACAAUAUUAUUAACCCAGAAGCACAGUCUUAAAGACAAAACAUCCCUACAUACAAGAAAUGGCCCUGAUUACAAAGCAAAUAUAAGCAAAGACAUGAUAAUGUGGUAGCAACUGUCUAUAAGACUACCAAGGGGCUCCCUGUAUACCUACUGAAUCAAUGAUUAAAGGGAUCAUCAUAGGGGCGCCUAGGUGGCUCAGUCAGUUGAGUGUCCAGCUCUUGAGCUCAGCUCAGGUCUUGAUCUCAGGGUCGUGAGUUCAAACCCCACAUUGGGCUCCACAAUGGGUGUGGAGCCUACUUAAAAAGAAAGAAAAAAGAAAGGGAUCAUCACAGGUGAGAGGAGCUAGUAACGAGUCUUGAGCUAAGUUUUGAAGGAAAGGAGAGGAUAUUAGCUGGUCAAGAAUAGUUUGGAGAUCGAAUAGGUCUAAGGAUAGGUUGCAGGUUGAAGGUGGGGCAUAUGCAGCAUCGCAAAGAUGGAAGCAAGCAGAAAGUGGGAUAGAGUACGAAGACUGGCUUUCACACAUCAAUUUGACAACUAUUGGGACCUCUGGACACGGUGGAAAGUAAAGCAGAUAAGUUCCUUGCCCUCAUGGAGCUUACGUUCUAGAAGGCUGAGAGUCAAUAAAAAAGUAAUCUGCAAGUCAGGUAAUUAUAAAUUGUAAUGGUAUGAGGGGAACAAACAGGGUGCUUUACCAGAGAAUUAGCUGGGAGUGAGGGAAAUAUUUUUUUAAAGAUUUUAUUUCUUUAUUUGGCAGAGAGAGAAACACAGCGAGAGAGGGAACAC